UUUAUUAGCCUCAAGCAGGAUGCGGAACUAACCUUUUUGUUUCCUUUUGUUUCACUACAGUGCUUUUUUGCCUAUUUGUGUUUGUGUUUUUAUUUUCAUGUGUGGACAUUAUUUACCUUCUUUGGUAUUUCACUUCAUAUAUAUGUAGAUAUUUUUUGUAAAAUUACAAAUAACAGCAGAAUAUAAACAAAUAAAACUUAAUUAUCUUCCCCAUUUCUAGUAAUCUUGAGAGGCCUUAUAGAAGUGGGAACAGGUUUCUUCAUUAUUCUAAUCAAAUUAUUAUUAUAAUUGAUUUUAGUUAUUAUAUUUUAUAUAUAUUAUAUUUUAUUCACAAUUUUAUUAUCUAUUUUGUACGUUUUGUAGAUUUGGUCUCUUGGUGGCUGUGUGAUGGUAGUCAUGUGCUUAGUGAUUUUCUUAAUCUUUUUUUUAUCCAUUGAAACAAAAAAAAAUACAAAUAUAUUAAUUUCUUGUCCUGCUGCGGUAUGUUGAAAUCUGUCCUGCCUAUGAUAGCAUGACCACUGUCCAUGGUAUAGAUGUAGCAUCAGAGAGCCACUGACAGUUAACAUGGAUAGUAACAGUAAAAAUAAAUAAAAAGUAAAAAAGAUUCCUUCAUUAUUAGUAAGACAGAAAACCAGUUUAACGAAUGAACUAAUUGCAAACAUUUCAACCGCUCAUAGGCACCAAAAUCCACCUAAAACAAUAACAUCCAAUCAAGUGCAGCACAUUUUUAUCAUUUCUAUAAUAAGCGUUUUUAUGUGUUUAACUUGUGUGUUUGUCAUUCUUUAUCUUUCUUUCUAUCCACCUGUGUCCCAAUGCAAUGCACUGGGGCAGUGACGGGAGUCCCAGGUUACUUGUCAGUGCCUCACAAGAUGGAAAGCUAAUUAUCUGGGACAGCUACACAACAAAUAAGAUGCAUGCCAUCCCUUUGCGCUCUUCCUGGGUGAUGACGUGCGCCUACGCCCCGUCUGGGAACUAUGUGGCCUGUGGAGGUCUGGACAACAUCUGCUCCAUAUACAGCCUGAAGACCCGCGAGGGCAACGUUCGUGUCACCCGAGAGCUGCCUGGACACACAGGUUAUUUGUCCUGCUGUCGCUUUUUGGAUGACAACCAGAUAUUAACCAGCUCUGGAGACACCACCUGUGCAUUGUGGGACAUAGAGACGGGCCAACAGGCUACUACCUUCUCUGGCCACACAGGUGAUGUGAUGAGCUUGUCUCUAAGCCCAGAUUAUAAGACUUUUGUGUCAGGAGCGUGUGACGCCACCUCCAAACUGUGGGAUAUCCGUGAUGGCAUGUGCAGGCAAUCUUUUACCGGACAUGUGUCUGACAUCAACGCCGUCACCUUUUUCCCCAAUGGAAAUGCCUUUGGCACAGGCUCGGAUGAUGCCACCUGCAGGCUGUUUGACCUGCGCGCUGACCAGGAGCUGAUGAUGUACAGCCAUGACAACAUUAUCUGCGGCAUCACCUCCGUGGCUUUCUCCAAGAGCGGCCGUCUGCUGCUAGCUGGCUACGAUGACUUUAAUUGCAACGUCUGGGACACUCUGAAAGGCGAGCGUGCAGGUGUGCUGGCAGGUCAUGACAACAGGGUGAGCUGCUUAGGAGUGACAGAGGACGGCAUGGCAGUGGCCACCGGCUCCUGGGACAGUUUCCUCCGGAUCUGGAACUAAACAAAUCUCUUGCUUGUUCUACUCAAUCACUGCCCGCCAACUUCCUCCGCAAAACACCGCGCUACGUAUCCCGACUCAUCUGCUGGGCUGGAUCUGAGGGGUGCACACUGUGUCAGCUGAAAUCUUCUUUUCUCACCCCCAGUUCUGCUCUCGGCUGGUGACCUGCCCACCUGUGAAAAAGUACCAACACUUUCUACCUAGAAUUUUUUUUCACCUAUCUAUUACACAACAAAACUACAAACCUUUCAAUAGAAUUGUCCAAUCAAAACGAUAAGAGUUAUAAAAAACUGAAGGAUAAAAAUAGAUUGUGCCCUUGUACCAAUUCUUUUCAAGGGGGCAAAAAAGAGCAUCUGUUACCAUGACUAACAACAAAGAUUAGUAUCAGUGUGUAUUAUGUAAAUGUAUAUAUAAAGACAGUAUAUAUGUAUAGCAUUAUGUGUGUAUAUAUGCAUCAUAUAUGCAUAUAUAAUGUGUAUGUAUAUAUUUUUGUAGUUUAUUUCCCGCACAAGAUUUUUAUGAUUUUUCUGUGUUUUAUUUUUAAUGGACAUACUCGCAUUACUGCAUAACAACAGACACAUUUAUUUUAUCAUGUGUGAGUAGAAAAUUGUGUGUGACAGCUUUAAGGUGUCAGCACAUUUUACCGGAAAAGUUUCUUUAAAUCUUUGAUUUAGUGAAGCCCACUUAUCCAGCAACAGAGGAUAUAGCAUGUAAACCAAAAAUAUAAUCUGGCCAAAAUAGAUUUUUUCCAUUUGUAUGUGUAUUAUGGUUAAAGGUAGUGGGCAUAACUCAUGAAUCCUCGUUUUCUAAAUGUUGUGUUCGUGUGAAUGAUGCUAUGAUUUUUUUUUUUUUUUUUUAUUAUUAUUAUUAUUAUUUUUUAAACAGUACAAUCUCUAGCAUUCCUUACCACAGUCUUUUGUUUCGGUGGGAAACGGUCAGGCUGCUGUGGUUGUGAUUAGAGAGAGCGUCAAAACCAACAAGAGUUUUUUGAUUUUCUUAGUAAGUUUUUAGUCUGGAUCCAGCUUUAACUCCAAAGUAGAAACUGCUGAACUUCAGGCCAAGAAAACUUAAUUUUAUUGGAGGCCCUGCCUUGACCUUUACUGAAAUGGACUGUGGUUUCAAAUCAUCAGAUGCUGAAUAUGAGAAGACCAGAUCCAUUCCAUGCAAUUUAUGUGCAGCGUGAUAUGAUUGACAUUGGUCCUAACCAGAGGUCAUGCUGUCCCUAUCUAUUGUGGGCCACAGAAUCUAAACGCUCUUUAAAGCUGAGACAAGGAUCUCAGGUUGCCCUACAAGUAACACUGAUGUAGAGAAGGGCACAGAGAGAGGUGACUUCUUCCCGAGCCUGUAACAGUGUGAGGCCUCGAAGGACAAAUGGGAAAGCAGUCAGUGAGGAUCUUUAAGGAGCUUUGUGUCAAGACUAUAAAGGACAACAGUGACUCUGACAGCAGCCUCUGAGGACCUGAGAAAAGAUAAAGGCAGAGGGAAAUAUGCCUGUCAGAGCUCACUGUUUUUUUUUUUAUUGUUUUUUUUCUCUUUUUUUCCUAAAUGAAGGAUCACAGUGUCCUUUUUUACGUCAACAAGGUGUGAAUUGAGAGACUGCACGAAACUGAAAUCAUGUUCAACUGAAAUCAUGCUCCAGUAUCACACCAGUGCCACCACAAGCCUGUAAAAAUGGGGAAAUUUAACACUCGUUAUCAUUUUUUUCUCACCAAAAAACAUGUAAUGAAUUGUUAAAUAUUGCUAGUCAAGAAAGUACACUUGGUAGACAGAAAUGUACACUUUAGUAGUGAGCUAGAAAUGCAUUCACAAAUUGUAGUACAAACUUAAACCAUUGAGCACAUGUUAAUUAUUUACCUUUAGGAGUGCGCUUUCAGAUUUUGAUUAUUUUCUUGUCAUACAUCUUCCACUAUUUGGCUCUUCUAAAGGCUUAGUUUAAAAAAAAAAAAAAAAAAGGAAACGCAUCAUGUGUGUGAGUUGGACCUAUCCAUCAUCUGUCUCAGGUGCCUGUCUCUGAAUAUAAACCAUUUGACCCACGUGAGCUGGAUAAAAGGGGGUGGUGCACCUCUGAGAUGCGGCACUAUUGUGUCUCCAUUCUGCCUUACAGUACCAUUCAUUGUAGAAGGUAAUACAAGCAUCGACUACAGUAAUGUUUUCCUCUUACUAUUCCUUUUUACACCUUGAUCAAUGAGAGUGAUUGCUACUUAUUUUUCUUUCCAAAUAGAAGCACAUUCUGAUACUAGUGAACACUAAAAAGCAUGCUUUGCAACCACGUGCAGCGCCAUACUGCUUCUUAAAUCAAGUGUUUUACAUCACGUUUUAUACAACUCUGCUUUCUACUACUACCAUAAAGUUUGUAGUAUUUAUUAAGGUUCAAUUGGCUAUCAAAGAAAGCCCCUCUUUGACAUAACGUCAUUCUAGUGACUUUUUUUUUUUUUUUUUUUUUUAAGAUUUGGCUGCUUUUACCCAGCUUUGCAUUCUUGAGAUUUUUUUUUUCUUUUUUUUUUUUUUUUUUUAAAUAACAGUCAUAGUUUUUAGCCUGAGAAUAUCUUUGGAGUGUGUAGGAUGUGAUAUGUAUUGCAUAUCAGUGUUGAGGUGUGUGCGAGGGGGGGUUGGGCAGAGGGGGAGGGGGAGGGGAGGGAGAUUUGCCGAUGUAUGUGGAUAACAUAUAGAUCUAAGUGUUACUUCCUCAUUUGUGCCAAUGUUAUCCACAGACCCUGAGCUGUGAACUGAAAACUAGUCAAUGUGACAAAAAACAAACAUGUUAGCUCACUUUACUCAAGUGCCAGCCAUCUCUGUUUCCGUCAAAUAAAAUCUCACCAGUGUCUGAUUUUAAACCCAGUCUGUUGACUACUUACAUCUGACUAAGAGUUUCUUUAACCCAAUGUGUUAUUAGGCUGACAGUACUUAUUAGGCUCAAGUUACUAUUUCAGUCAGUGGACGCCAGAUGUUCAUGUGUCACCAGAUAAGGAUGACAAAGUGACAGAUGUAUUUAAAGGAAUAGUACAACAUUUUGGGAAAUGGUCUCUUGACAAUAAUCAGAUGAGAAGAUGAGUAAACGUUAAGCUAUGACCUACUGACUUAGCUUAGUUAACAUGUUAUGGUUCACUUACAGUGUGCCUGACUAUUUCUUGGCUUAAAACAGCAACCUAUUUGGUUGCCUGGCAACUGGUGCCACUGUAACAUAGUAUUCUGUAACCAUCACAAUGCGUAACUGUAGGGGGAUGCCGUUUGAUUGAAUUUACUGUGUAUAUGUGUGUAAUCGCUAACAACAUAGUUCAAACUUUCUAAAGCUUGUUAAGUGUGAGAUAGCCGACAGUAAUUGGUUUUGAGCAUUACAAUUCACGAAUAAUCUUUGUUGUAAUGUAUGACACAUAAUGACAGUACAAGCAGCUAGAAAAUCAAAAAAAAAUUUAAAAAAAUGUGUCUGAAUAACUGAUGUAACUGAUAUGUAAUAAUAUGUAUGAAUGAAGAUUAGUACCGUGUGUGCAACAGCACCACCUGCAGUCAGGUCAUAGAAUACGGUAUAAGACAAUCAGCUAGCGGUAGCCUCGUGUUAUUUGUUAAUAGAAAUGAGUGUGCCAUCUGAAAUUUCCUGACAUGUUGAACUAUUCCAUUAAAAUGACCAUAUUUUCACUUUCAUAUUUUGUCAUGAGCUGCGUGAAAUAAAAAAAAAAAGAAAAAAUGAAAAAACUUUACACCAUAGCCUUUAACUGAAGAGGGGAGUUGCCAUUAUAACUGAGCAUGACGUUCAGCAGGCAACCAUUCUGUCCGUCUCUGUGUAACUCGGCAGUAGCAGCUGCUGGAAUCUGGAAUAGUAACACUUACAUGUGCCUGUGCAGUUCACUCAUCAGAAAAGGUGCUUGACUUCAUUUGGUUUUACAUCGUCAUUGUAUUUACCUAAAGUCUUUUCCAGUUUAUCCCCUGAACUGAUGAUGCGCUAGUGAAUCCGCGUACUUGACGUUGCAAAAUGUCCACAUUCGAUGCAUUUAAGGUCAAAGGACCCACACCUGAAUUUGACUUGUAUUAAUUAUUGGGAGUUGUAACUUCUCUUGUGUUUGGUAGUGAAGUAUUGACCUUUGAUCUUUGAACGACAAAGAGCAGAUGUGUAAAAGUCACUGCUGAGUUCAGGCAGUAUUCUGGUGACUGUAUUUUCACACCACUGUGGUCUCCAUAUGAAAAAGUUAGUUAGUUUGUGAUGAACAUUCAGCACCAGAGGAAGAAAUAUUCUUUGACACCCCAUCACUUGAGUUGCAUCACACCACAGCACCAUCCUAAAGUAAUGCACUGCCCUUUGAGUCUACAACCAACUGUUCUGACAUUUUUUUCUUUCCGUGUUGUUUUAAUUUUAUUUAUUGUUUUAUGUUCUAAGCCAGUAAAGACCAGGGACUUGGUGCCAUGAUAAAUCUCUUACAGUGCUAUUGUGUGAAAUUAUAAUCACUUGUUAUGGAAUAAUUUUUAUAGUCUUUUUCACACCAGACCUUUUUUUUGUAUUUGUACAGUGGCUUGGUGAUACUGAUAUGUUGCCAUGAGUUAUUGUAACCAAUAAAAAAAAGCUUUUAACCAAGAAUACAAA